UAUCUCCAUUAAGCAUUCAACGAAACCGAAACCCCGGAUCUAAGAGCGACAAUGUCGACUAUCCCGGUAAAGCGCGGCCAGGUCUGCGACAACUGCCGAUUCCGCAAGGUCAAGUGUGAUCGCGGGUUGCCCUGUAAGAACUGUCACAUCGGAGACCUCCGUUGCCAGUAUCGCCACAGCAUUCGGAAGAAAGGCCCAAAGCAGGGUCAAGGGAGACGACAGACGCAGCUGAGACAGGGUCUGAGUAUUGAUGAGUAUCAAUUCCAGAUACUUACCUCGGAAGCGCCGCCUGGAUCUACCAGUAACGCCAAUAGUCGUCAAGAUCCCUCAACAGACCAACCCGACGCCCGGUCAUUCUCAUCUCCACCAACAAACAUCGGCUCUGCUCCACAACCAGAGCCAGAACCGGAAUCGGAUUCGACAACACCUCCUAAUGACGCGACUAUCAAUACUGGAGACCUCUGCAAACGCAUGUCACUAUCGCUCGUUGCUCACAUACGGCUCUUCCAGAGAUUUCUCUACCCCAUUAUGCCAGUCGUCGACGACGACGUCCUCGCCGAUGCAGCCCGACUGGACGACAUACCACCUUCCAGAUACGCUCUAAUCCUUGCAAUAUGUGCCGCAACAAGAAUGCAACUCCGGCUUGACAAGAGGAUCGACAACUGUGAGAAUGACCUGAAUACGCAAAUCCCAGCCGAGCCACGUUUGACAGGAGACAUGCUCGUCAACUUGGCUGAGACCUCACUCCGCCAAUACAGCGUGAUAGAUGAUACGACUCUCGAUUCAGUACUCGUCUCCUUCUUCCUAUUUGCAAGCUAUGGUAAUCUCAACGAUCCGCGUCACGCCUGGUUCUAUCUCAAUCAGAGCAUCACCCUCGCCCAGUCUCUUGACCUGACAAAAGAGUCUGGCUACUAUGGUCUACCCGCUGAACAACGCGAGAAGAGACGACGCGUUUUCUGGCUUCUCUUUGUUACAGAAAGAACCUUUGCACUCCAGCACAGAAGAUCCGUCAUGCUCCGAAGCACAGUCAACAAGCCCCAAAUCGUCGAUUCAAAUUGCCCUGUAGUGAUGCACGAUUUUAUAAAUCACAUUCGCCUUUUCGAAUCUCUCCCAUAUUCACUGUACGAAUGGCAGCCGGAGGGCGAUGAUCAGCGCUUCGAUGACUUGAAGCUUGUAAAUACAAUCAACGAGAAGCUCUGCAGUGUGCAGCCAGACCAGUCGAUCAUAGAGAGUCAACGAUUCGAUACGCUCAUCACUCAACAGUGGUUACGGAUAUCCAUGUGGAGGAUUGCAUUUGGCCAGAAUCCAUCGUCGGCGUCUGGCUUCGGACUACUUCUUCCGCCUUCGCUUCCAAUGGAUGCAGGCAAGAUCAUCAUGUCUGCCUUGGGGUCUGUUGGAACUAAGUCGAAAGACUGCCAUGGCAUCGGGAUGGAACAAAAGCUUUUCGAUGUCGGCGUCAGUCUCGCAGAUACCGCCCAACUCCCUGGCUGGACCUAUUCUGCACUCGAAAAUGGCCCUCGGGACUUGCUCUCCGUCGUGAUCCAUGCUCUAUCAGCCGUUCGAGGCGCUCAGUCUCACUUGUUGCCCAAUCUUCUCAAGCACUCAGAGACAUUAUUUGCUCUUGCAGAUCCCAGCGCGCAUCUCGAUCUCCAAUGGGAUAUGCAAGAGGCUGGAAAUGAUGAGAGGCUAGCGAUUGUUGAGGAACUGUCGCCCGAAGAUGAACAGCCCGUGGAUCCGUUGGGCUGGGUACCAGAUGGUAAUCUCGAUAUGCUGGAUUUGAGUACACCUGUUGUGACGACAAGUUGGGAGGAUGCCACGAUAUCGUGUGGCCAGUUUGAUCCCGAGAUCGGACUUUCUUUCAACUGAUGUGCAAAAGCGUGCUUCAUGUUGAAAAUCUAUCCAAUAUGCUCGUGUUUGGGUUUUCCAUUUCACGUCAACUUUCUGGUGUCCUUGAUAUCUUUACAUAGCCUCCUACCCGAUUCCAUUAUACCCUCUCUAGUAGAACAACCUUACUAUCAUAAUCUGUACCAAAUCGAAACUGAAUUCCUCCAUUCAUCAAUGUCGCGCCCGAGUACGUCUCCACGCCGUCAAGCUUAUAUCUCGCCGCUGCGUCAAGUCCAGCCAGUCGAAGCAGAGGAUAGUUGAGAACGGUAGUUGCCCUGAUUUGAAAGGCAAACAAAACCGCCUGACUUCCGUCCUCUGAUACAAAGAUCGCAGCAGGGAAGUUGGAGUCCUCGGGCAACACUAAUCGCCACAUAUCUCCCUUGAUAAUGACGGGAUUGAUCUUCGCUGCGAGCUUGAUGAGCUCUGGGAUCUGUGCCUUGUCUUCCUCAGGCGUAUGAUCAGGGUUUAACUCGAAACCGAAUGAGCCACCCAUCAUCGCGACGUGGGCUCUGAAGCUCAUUGGGAUUGAGCGUCCAGUCACAUCAUUUGGCGCAGAGCAAACAUGUGCGCCCAUUGUCGAGGGUGGGUACACUAAAGAUGUGCCGAACUGGAUAUGGAUGCGGUCGAAGGCGUCCAUGUUGUCUGAAGUCCAAACUUGCGGGAAGUAUUGCAAGAUGCCAGGAUCAAAGCGACCUCCACCAGAUGCACAGCCUUCCCAAAGGACAUCUGGAAAUCGAGCAGUGAGCACGUCGAAGACAUGGUAGAUACCGAGCAUGUACGCGUGAUGAUUGUCUGGCGUGGGGCUUUCGUGCAUCGCUCGAUUGUUAUCCCACUUGACAUAGCUGACUGGAACAGUUUCUAAGAUCUUGGAUACAGAGCUGAUGAUAAAGUCCUGCACAUCUGGGAGCGCAGCGUUCAGGACCAGUUGUUGGCGAGUUUCGCUGCGAGCGUAGUUUCCAGCGCUCAGAACCCACUCAGGAUGC